AUGACGACGACGCUGCGGUCGAAACGCGCUAAAGCCUUGACCGUUUGCCCUUGCCAACUGUGGCCGUCGACCCGCGAGAGGAGCAGCUCGUCACACGGUAAAAACGACCACCGCAGGACUGCAACGAAAAAAGCAAAAAGCAGCAGCAGCGGCGGAAACACUACAAAACUUCGGCCUAGAUCCGCCCCGGUCGCUGAGCUCGAACGAGAGGUCGCCAAAUACUUGUCGUCCAAGAAAAGCAACGGCAAGGGUGAUUCCUCCUCGGGCAGCAGCAGCGGUGUCGUCGAUCACGCGGACGUACACAAAUUGACCAGCUCUUUCGUCUUGUUAAGCAAACUUCCCACGACGCCUGUCCCGGAAACGGAACAGCAGGAGGAGCCGUCGAAAGAUAGUGAAAAAACGGCAAUUCAACAGCCGGUAGAUGAUGAUAUUUUCCGGUUGUUCGCAGACUGUAGCCGGCAGAGGAGAGUGUCGUUGUCGUCGAUGAGCAAAAGCCACGAAGACCUCGUGGCCGGCGACAAACGUGCACAGCCGAAACGCAAAAGGUUGCGUUCCAAGUCGUUGACGCACGGUGAAGCCCAACACGAAGCCAAGAAGAGACAACCCGCGUUGGAGCAAAUACCCGAAGAAGAUACGGCGGGGGGACAGCGUGUAAUGGCCGUCGCAACGACUGCCAGCAGACCCAAGUCGAAAUUUAAUUUCAGCGCCAAAAGAAAUGCGAAGAAAAACCACCGACAAAGUCUUAGUUGCACCGAUUUGAAAGUUUCCUCCGACGACGACGACAAUGAAAGCCACCGCCGGUCGAAGUCGUCGACACAGUUAAAACAAGCUACUGCUGCUGCUGGGAAACGACUGAUGAUGUCGUCCUCCUCGUCCUCAUCUGCUGCUAAUGUGGAAAAAAAACCAAAACUAACCGCCUCUGCCGAUACGCCUACCACAACUACCAGAUACGUCUUGGACGACAAACUGGAGUGCGAAAGCGUUAAAUCGACAACGAGCUCCUCCAACGGAUGCUCUGCCAGUUCCAGACAAAUGACGACCCGAUUGAUGAGCAGAAUUCACAGUUCCGUAGAAUCCGACCAGUCCGCCGUGGAAGCGACCGACGACGACGACGAAAAUCCCAGACACGACGACAAUAAUUCUGUUCACGACGAGCAAAGAGUGCACAAACAAAGCAAAAAAAAGAAAUCGAACAAAUAAUAUUUUGACGGGGCAGAAGUAUUUUUGAUAAUUUUUUUUGUUUAUUUUUUCUCAUCUUUUAUUGUUAUAACAUUUUAUUAUUGUUAUUAUUAAAUCAAGUCGAUUUUUGUUGUAUAAAAUGAGUAUUAGUUAACUUGAAAAAAAAAUGUAUAAGCAAACGAGUGAGUUGUACAUUGGUUCCUACAUUUUUCAUA